CUCACCGUACAGACGCAGCUCGUCUCUGCGGGUGAUGAGGCUCACUGUCGGAGGAAUUUUUUCUUUGUGCGACAAUUAAAAAAAAGAAAUAUCAGCUUAAAGCUGAGAAGUUUCCAGACUGUUGUUGGACUCCGUGCUGCAGGUCAUGGAUCGGAGGUCAGCUGGAGUUUUUCUAACCGCGGCGAUCUUUGCGCUUCUUGCGGAGACUCCGGUCAGCGCCCAGCAGUAUAGGAGACCCUUUCGCCGACCGCCCCGGACCUCAGAGCCUCUUGUAGAACCGGUUCGUGUUCCCCGGGUCUAUCUGACCCCAGAUCAGCUCAGGCAGCUGCAUUUCAAGCCCACCAUUGGCUCCAUCCAGCUGUCUGAGGGUCAUGAGGCCAAGCUGAACUGCUCCAUUGACAUCCCCGAUCCCCGACUGGAUCCCACCAUCAUCUGGGUGAAGAACGGCCAGGAGCUGGCCGCCAACGGUCAGGUGGUGGUGAACGAGCUCCGGACCGUCACGGACGGAGUCACGACUCUGCUCUCCACUGUCAUUAUUAACCGCGCGCAGAGAGUGGAUGCAGGAGAGUACUGCUGCAGGCUGAGUAUCAACUCUCUGACGGUGGAGUCCCAGUCCAUCACUAUCGAGGUGGAAGGCCUGCCAACAUUUAUCCAGCAGCCGGAAGACAAGAACGUGACGAGAGGUGCACCUUUCACUCUCCUAUGCGAGGCAGUCGGACCCCCGGACCCGGUCCAGAUACGCUGGCUUCGUGACGGAUUCGCUAAAACUGACUUUCAUAGCUCCCCCAGCACCUACCACGUAUCAGGUGUGGACAAAUUCACUCAGUUCAGCUGUGAAGCGCACAACUCGAAGGGUGUCACCACAUCCAGAGAAGCAAAUGUUAACAUGAAAGCUCUUCCCGAUCCGGUGUUCAACGUUACCGUGACAGGAACUCAACCCAAUAAGCUGAAUUUGAGUUGGAGUCACGGACAUGAUGGUUUCUCCCCUUUAACGAAAUGUCACAUCAGGGUGAAAGAAGUGAGUCGGAGGAAAGGGGAAGUGAUGACCACCAGGAUUAUCAACGUCACGGUCCCUCCUUUUCAUUAUGAAGUCGGGGGACUGCAGGCCAUGACGCGGUACAACAUGAGUGUUUCCUGCAGCAACGAGGUGGGGGCCUCUCCGGUCACCAUGUGGAUCCAGAGGAACACCACGGAGGGAGUGCCUUCUGUUUAUCCUCGAAAUGUCACCGUGCAGCUGAAUGAGUCAUGGCUGGUGAUCAGAUGGAAGCCUCCCCCUGACGACAAAAUAAAUGGCAUCCUACAAGGUUACGAUGUUAUUGUGAGAUACGGCACACACGAGAGGAAGGUCCACAGUUACACCACCAUGGCCUCUGUGGCCUUGCAGGAAUUCAACACGACCUACAGCGUGGAGGUGGCUGCGUGCACGCAGGCCGGGAGCGGGAUGGUCAGCCCUCGAGUCUGGCUUUUCGUGCCCCCAGAAAAAUCCAUUGUUUCUCCCUCAUCCAGUCCAGACACGGGGGCUCCACAGUCCGUCCACAUUAUACUGGCUGUGGUGUGUGCCGUCAGCCUGCUGCUGCUUCUCCUCUGGGGCGCCAUCUGUAUACGCAACAGGACUUAUAACUCUUGGCUUGGGUGGAUAUUUGGAGAUGCAGAAAAGCUGCAACCCGUCAUUCAGUACACACACCAGAAAUCCUACAACCGAUCAGCCGUAGGAGUCACGCUUGGAAACCUCGGUAUUAGCGAUGAGCUCCGAGCCAAACUUCAGGACGUGAUGGUCACCAGGACCCUGCUCUCGAUAGGGAAAGUUCUUGGAGAGGGCGAGUUUGGUUCCGUGGUGGAGGGACAUCUGAGACAAGCCGAUGGCACGUCGGAGAAAGUUGCUGUGAAGACAAUGAAAUUGGACAGCUUCUCUCAAAAGGAGAUUGAGGAGUUCCUGAACGAGGCCGCCUGCAUGAAAGAUUUCAACCAUCCCAAUGUCAUCCGGCUGCUUGGUGUCUGUUUGGAGGUGGGCUCAGGGAGCUUUCCGAAGCCCAUGGUCAUCCUACCAUUCAUGAAAUAUGGAGAUCUGCACAGCUUCCUGAUCCGCUCACGGCUGGGGGAGAGCCCUGUGUUCUUGCCCACUCAGACUCUCCUGAAGUUCAUGGUUGACAUUGCGUUGGGGAUGGAAUAUCUCAGUGGUCGUAAUUUCCUCCAUCGUGACCUCGCAGCUCGCAACUGCAUGCUGCGAGACGACAUGACGGUGUGCGUCGCUGACUUUGGCUUAUCCAAAAAGAUCUACAGUGGAGAUUAUUACCGCCAAGGCAGAAUUGCCAAAAUGCCAGUGAAGUGGAUUGCGGUGGAAAGUCUGGCUGACCGAGUUUUUACUGUAAAAAGUGAUGUGUGGGCAUUUGGCGUUACCAUGUGGGAAAUAGCCACACGCGGCAUGACGCCUUACCCAGGGGUGCAGAACCAUGAGAUUUAUGACCACCUUGUUGAAGGACACAGGCUCAAGCAGCCCGCAGACUGUUUGGAUGAACUGUAUGAGAUCAUGUACAGCUGUUGGAGAGCAGAUCCACUGGACCGACCUCUGUUUCCCCAGCUCCGUGAAAUGCUGGAGAAGAUCUCAGAAAAGCUUCCGGAGUCAACCAGCAAGGACGAUAUCAUUUAUAUCAACACCAGUUUUCCUGAAGAGGACCCUGAUGGUGAUAAUCCUGUGUGUGGCUCCACCCCUUCCUGCAGCCAUCAGGCUGCUGAUAACACAGUGGUUACUGCAGAUGUUCACGGGAGCCUGGAAGAGGAGGACAACGAGGACAGUGAUCGUUACGUGGUCGUCAUCUCUUCUGAUGCUUCCUUGAGAUCUGCUCGAGUGGACACUCCUCUUUUGUCGAGUGAUUCUUUAGGCCAAGCAAAUGAAGACACAAAUCCGUCAACAGCGGAUCACAGCUCAAGUGACACUUCGCGCCUGCUAUAGCCACCGGUAACCGGCAAAUAAAACUGUGAUAAACUCCUUGCCAUGGUUUAGCAGUACUAAUCCUUUUGCCUCAUUGCACUGGGAGCACCUUUGCAUCUCCUGUUGUGGACUUUCCAGAGUAUUAUUCUAUAGCCAGUCUAUGCUUUACAUGGCCAGUUUGAAUAUCAGUGUAAGAAAUAUUAUGCAUGUGUCAUGUUCAUGCACUUGUUCUAUAAGCUUGAGACACACUGAACUGUGAAAUUGUUUACUGUAAUGGAGUCCUUUUUUUCCUCUGUAAAUACUGUAAUGUACAGAAAUGGAUGGAAUGAAUUAUUUGUGUCAAAUAUAAAUGAUUUAUUGAAUGUUUUCCAGUCAUAUACUGUAUGUUAAACUGGUACAUUUGACCAAAACCA